UAUUAUAUGUAGAAAGGCAUAUAUAAUGCUGGAGGCAAAGCAGUGGGCACAGCUGUGCCACUUCUCCCCUGGCUCAUGUCCCUCAGGGCUGGAAUUUCCCAAGUCAGAGUCAGAGAUAGUGAAUUGAUGCUUGGUCUUAGAGAUGCGCCAUGCCUCUUCUCCCGUUGGCCCGAAGGACUAAGGAUGUGGCAUUGGGUGGCCACAUUGCUGUGUAGCACCACCACUCAUCUUGCCUCUCCUUCCACUUAAGGAGCCUCUGAUCGUGCCUCUGAGAGGCACACUUCUCAGUCUGCCAUGCCAGGGCCUUCGCUCCUGCUUUAUUCUGACCUGAGGAUGCCCUCAUACUGGUGCUUUCCCUGGCCCUCAUGUUCCCUGCACCACACUCACACUGAUGACUCUGUGGCCUCCAUGGGCAGGUGCACCCAAAUUGCUAUUAAAAAGUUGUGUGUCUUCCACCUAUCAUUCCUCUGCUUACUUAUUUGAUGCUUCCAAGAAAGGGCACUGUUCUGGGUUCUUGGUCAUUUUGAUUAACCUGCUGACCACUUCUGUUGGAAGUGGUUCCUGGACACUAGGUUCAGAGGCUGCAGGGGCUGGGGAAGGGCCCAUAUACAAGAUCCUGUGAUGGGGGUUGGCCAUGCUGGGCCAUAAAACUCCUAUCUCCCUUCUCAUCCUUCCCUCUUCCCCUGGGCUGGCAAUCUGCCUUUCUAUAUGCCAAGGGGCUACAGAGUUUACUACAGGAUCUCUGGAGAAAGUUGGGGCCCAAGAAUGGGCAGGAGGAACACACACACUUCCCCAGAGGAUAAGACUCAUCGAUGUUAACCAUUACCUUUAGAUCUUCGGGACAUGACAUCAUUAACUCUGAAGUUUAAAUUUAACCCAAAGUUGGGCAUUGACAAUCCGGUCCUCUCCCUGGCUGAAGACUACAAUUGCUCUGAUCCCUGGAACUUGCAGCGGCCUCGCUUCUGUCUGCUGAGCAAAGAGGAAGGCAGGAGUUUUGGUUUUCACCUUCAGCAGCAGCUGGGCAGGGCUGGGCAUGUGGUGUGCAGGGUGGAGCCAGGCACCUCUGCCCACCGCCAAGGUCUCCAGGAAGGAGAUCAGAUUCUGGCAGUGAAUAACAAUGUCGUGGAGCACGAGGACUAUGUGGUGGUGGUGCGUCACAUCCGGGCCAGUGGUCCCCGGGUGUUGCUGACAGUCUUGGCGAGGCAUGUCUAUGAUGCGCUCCGAGCUCAGCAGGGAAACGAAGCCCACCUCUGUCCUGUCCUAGGCUCAGGUGUCCGGCCCCGGCUGUGCCACGUAGUGAAAGAUGAGGGUGGCUUUGGCUUCAGUGUCACCCAUGGAGCUCAGGGUCCUUUCUGGCUGGUGCUGAGUGCAGGAGGAGCAGCUGAACGGGCAGGGGUGCCCCCUGGGGCCCGGCUGCUGGAAGUGAAUGGAGUCAGUGUGGAGAAGCUCACUCAUUACCAGCUCAGCAGGAAGCUUUGGCAGAGUGGAAAGCAGGUGACUCUGCUGGUGGCAGGGCCAGAGGUGGAGGAUCAGUGUCGCCAGCUGGGAAUGCCCCUAGCUGCACCCCUGGCACAGGGCUGGGCACUGCCUGUGAAGCCACGUAGUCUACACCUGGAGAAGGGGCCCAAGGGCUUUGGGUUCCUGCUCCGGGAGGAGAAGGGCAUUGAUGGCCGCCUUGGGCAUUUCCUUCGGGAGGUGGACCCAGGACUGCCGGCUGAGAAGGCCGGGAUGCGAGUAGGGGACCGACUUGUGGCUGUGGCUGGGGAGAGUGUGGAGAAGCUGGGCCAUGGGGAGACAGUAACCAGGAUCCGGGAGCAGGGCUCACGUGUUUCCCUCAUUGUCGUUGACCCCGAGGCUGACCGCUUCUUUAACAUGGUUCGCCUGUCUCCGCUCCUCUUCUUGGAGAGCACCGAGGUUGCUGCCUUGCCCCAGGCCACCGACUUGACCUCUCCAGUUGAGUCUGAGAACCAACCAGUGGAGCACAAAGCUGGGUCUCCUGGUCCUCCUGGCUCCUGCCAGCGCUUCCUGUACCCUGGGCCUGGUGGUGGCUAUGGCUUCCGACUCAGCUGUGUGACCAGUGGGUCUAGUCUCUUCAUCUCUCAGGUGACCCCAGGAGGCUCAGCUGCCCGGGCAGGGCUGCAAAUGGGAGACGUGAUUCUGGAGGUGAACGGGUAUCCUGUGGGUGGUGACAGUGACCUGGAAAGGCUUCAGCAGCUGGCUGAAGCUGAGCCACCCCUCUGCCUGACGCUGGCAGCCAGGUCUCAGGAGGGCUUGGAAGCCUGGAUUCCCCCAGGGUGUGGAGAGGUGAGGAAGAAGAGACAGAGCUGUGAACAACCAGAGGGCAAAGACAAGCCAAUGAAAAGGGCAGAUUGGGAGGACUGUGUGAAGUUGCAGGUGGGGACAUCAGGUCACGUGAGGUAGGACUCAUGGAGUAAGUCCUACUUCUGGACACAUCAGGACAGGUUGGGGCAGGAAAGGGAACUCGUGCUCUGGGAACAACAUUCCUCUCUCUGUGUAGGAUGGGGCUCUGGCCUCAGAUCUGCUGUAGAACAGCACAGAUCUACCUAGCGGAUUUCCUGUCUCCAUUCUGCUCAGAGUGGGAGCUGGAAGACUCCGAGGCCUCACCCACAGGACUGCCCAGAACUCCCGCCUCUCCCAUGGGCUCCCUUCCAGAUGAAAAUGUGUUC